AUGUCCGGGUGUGGUAGAUCUCCACUCAACAUCAGGGUAGUUGGGGGCCAGAAUGCCUCUGCAGGAAGUUGGCCCUGGCAGGCCAGUAUCCACUUAUUCAGCUUCCACAUCUGUGGAGGAUCCCUCAUCAAUAAGGAGUGGGUGCUGACAGCUGCUCACUGUUUCCCCAGUGUGGGUGCUGGUGAUCUUGAGGUGUAUUUGGGUCGGCAGAACCAGGAGGGCAGCAACCCAAAUGAAGUGAGAACGACCGUGAGUAGGAUCAUCAGCCAUCCUGAUUACAACGGGUUCACCAAAGACAACAACAUUGCUCUGCUUCAGCUCAGUGUCCCAGUCACCUUCACUAACUACAUCAGGCCUGUGUGUCUGGCUGCCAGUGAGAGUGAGUUCAUCAACGGCACCGGCAGCUGGGUCACUGGCUGGGGAAACAUCGGCAAAAGAGGUAAACUACAAUUGGUAAUAACCUUGGAUAGGCCAUGCAGGAACAUUUUAAAAAGUGUUAUAAAAUUGGGGAUAUUGAUUGAGUAAAUCCCAAAAGGAGCUGUAUGACUGGUAACUGAAUAACUAGGUGACAAUCUCCACAGGUUGUCCGGUAAGAACAAGAAUGUCAAAGUUCCAAUGAUGACGGACGUAUUUAUUUCCACACACACACUCGCAAGAAAUGAUGGAAUGAUACUGAUGAUGAUUAACAAUGAACCAUGAAUCCGUGGUUUCUAUGAAGGACAUGAAUAAAAAGACAUACAAAUA